CCCACGCCCCCUCCGCUGGGUUCCGGGAUGGAGCGGGCACCGGGAGCGGGAUCGGGAGCAGGGCUGGGAUCGGGAUCAGGAUCAGGAUCGGGAUCGGGGUCCGGCUCUGGCUCUGGCUCUGGCUCUGGCUCUGGCUCUGGGUCGGGGUCGGGAUCGGGGUCUGGCUCUGGCUCUGGGUCAGGAUCGGGAUCGGGAUCAGGAUCAGGGUCGGGGUCAGGUUCGGGAUCGGGGUCGGGGUCGGGAGCGCGACCGGGACCGGGAUCGGUACCGGGGCGCUGGGCCGCCACUGCCUGCGUGGUGACGGGCGCUUCCCGCGGCUUCGGGCGUAGCCUGGCGCGGCUGCUGGCGCCACAGCUCGGGCCCGGCUCGGUGCUGAUGCUGCUGGCGCGAUCCGCGGAUGCGCUGGCCGAGCUGGCGACCGAGCUGCGCUCCGGGACCACCGGCAAUGGCACCGGGUGCGGCACCGGGAGCAGCGAGCUGCGGGUGCAGUGCGUGCCCGCUGAUCUGGGCUCCGAGGAGGGGCUGCGGAGGGCGGGCGCUGCCCUGCGGGAGCUGCUGCAGGACGCGUCCUUCGGCCGCCUGCUGCUGGUCAAUAAUGCCGGCUCCUUGGGAGACAUCUCCAAAUCCUUCCUGGACCUCACCGACCUGGAGGAGAUCAACUCCUACUUCUCCUUCAACAUCAGCUCAGCCCUCUGCCUGACCUCCACAGCCCUGAGGGCCUUUGGGGCCCGGCCUGGCUGCAGCAGGACCGUGGUGAACAUCUCAUCCCUGUGUGCCCUGGAACCCUUCCCCAGCUGGGCCCUGUACUGCUCUGGCAAGGCUGCCAGGGACAUGAUGUUCCGUGUGCUGGCCCUGGAGGAGCCCGGAGUGCGUGUGCUCAACUAUGCCCCAGGCCCCCUGGACACGGACAUGCAGCUCCUGGCCCGGAGCAGGACUCGGGACCCUGGGCUGCGCCAGCGCUUCCAGAGGCUGCAGGAGCAGGGCCAGCUCAUCCCGAGCUCUGUGUCAGCCCAGAAGCUGCUCCAGCUCCUGCAGGAGGAUUCCUUUCCCUCCGGAGCUCACGUGGAUUUCUUUGACAUCUGAGCCCCUCCACUUUUCUCUCCCUGCUUUGCUUUCAGCUGAGCCUUUCCCUGGUGUCUCCAGCGGGACCUUGUUCAAAUCCUGGGAUUUGGGAGGCUUUAAGGACAUCUCUGUGUGCCUUGUGGUGCCCUUUUCAUCUCUGUGUGCCUUGUGGUGCCCUUUUUUGGCUCUGUGUGCCUUGUGGUGCCCUUGUGGGGCUGGGCAGCAGCUCCUGCUGCUGAGCCCUCACUGGCAGGGCUGCAGUCCCUCACUCCCAGGGAUUUGGGAUUUUUCCUGAUGGAAUUGCCCUGGAAGGCUCGAAUUCAGGAGUUUGUGGUAGCCAAAGGAGUUUGUGCCAGCCCCACAGAGGCCCCAGCAGGAGCUGUGUCCCCCUGUGUCCCCCAAGGAGCCAUUCCUGGGCUAGGGAUGUCCCCUGUGUGGUGUUUGAGGGUGCCCAGGAUGAGGGAAGAGAUGAGAAUCUUGAUUCCAUGUUUCAGAAGGCUGAUUUAUUAUUUCAUUAUAUGAUAUGAUAUGAUAUAUGAUAUUAUAUUAAAAGACAAUUAUAUUCUAAAACUAUACUAAAGAAAAGAUAAAUGAGACAUCAGAAGAGUAGAAAGGAAUAAUAUAAAUAAUAUAAGAAAUAAUAAAAAUUUUGUGGCUGACCAGAGAGUCCCACACAGCUGGACUGGGAUUGGUCAUUAAUUAAAAACAAUUCCCAUGAAACCAAUCAGAGAUGCACCUGUGGGUGACCAACAUCCAGAGCACAUUCCAAGCAAUCAGAUAAUUCUUGUUUGCAUUUCUUUUCUGAGGCUUCUCAGGAGGAAAAUCCUGGCAAAGGGAUUUUCCAGAAAAUAUCACAGUGACAAUCCUUGGAUCCCUGGCUCUGUCCCUGCUCCCCUGGGGCUCCUGCAGGGCUGGGCUGGGUUCUGGGUGUCAUGAUCUGUCCUUAUGAGCGAGGCUCGUGAUGGUUUGUGGGGUGAUCUCAGGGUGCAAAAGAACCAACAUGGUACAAGGGGGUUUGCAGUGAUAAAACAAAUGCACCUUUAUUGAAUGACCACAGCAAAAUAGAGGGAUUAAGGGAGAGAAAAAGAUAGAGAAAGAGAGAGAAGAGAGAAAGAGAAAGAGGGGGAUGGAGCUACCAAACGUAGAGAUGAAGUCCUUUGGUCCAGUCCAGUUGAGGGUCCGCCUGUUACGUCGGGGAGAUCUCAAAAUCUCUAUCUAACUCAGAGGUUUUUAUUAUGAUAACUCUAUUGGAAAUUGUGAGGGGGGAAACAGGUACAAUAAGGAAUUGAUGUAACAGGCAGUCCAUGCUCUCAGCAGUAAACCAGAGCCAUUGUCUUCUUGGUCCAGUGGUCACAACCUGCAGGCAAACAUCUCGCUUUGGCCAGCUUUGGUCCCCCACACACCUCCCCUGGGCUGGGGGUGUCAGUCCCAGGCCUUGGAAGGAGCAGAGGGGCCUUUGCACAUGGGGGUUCCAUGUCUCAGUCCUUGAUGGAGAGGGGCCUUUGCACAUGGGGUUCCAUGUCUCAGUCCUUGGAAGGAGCAGAGGGGCCUUUGCACAUGGGGGUUCCAUGUCUCAGUCCCUGAUGGAGAGGCUCCUUACAUCCCAGUCUGUCCGUCACAGUGGUUGUAAAACAGGUGAGGGUCUUCUGUGGGGGGACCACCUGAAACUCAGGAGAAGUCCAGCCAGGCUGAGAGGUGGGACAGCUCCCAAGGCUGUUGUUGCCAACAGGCCACGGUGCCCCCUUCUUCUUCUCAUUGGGCUCAGUGUAGCACACAGCAAACAACACCUGUGAAAACAAAAACCUA